GGCGGUCCCCUGUAGCGGCAUGUGUGUGUAAACCUGGUGUAAACACUUUAGCUUCAAUUCAAAACAAAGCUGUUUGGAAAACACAGAUGAUCAUAGCUGGAUACUUUUGUUAAACACAUACGAUAUACAAAAUGAAGCUGAAGAUUAAACCAACAUCCCACAAAUCAGAGAAUACUUACCGGUUUCUCACUUUCUCCGAGAGACUUGCCAACGUGAAUAUCGAUGUCAUCCAUCGCAUUGAUCGGAUAGAAAGCUAUAACGAGGAAGUAGAAACGUACUUUUACGAAGCUUUGAACAAAUGGCGAGAUCUAAACUUAACCGAUCACUUCACCACCUUCCUGAAAGAGGUGUCCAACAAGAGCCAGUCCUUCAACCUGCUGGUGUUCCAUCAGAAGGCAAUAGUGGACAGCCUGAAGACUCACCUCAGUAUAAAGAACAGCAUGGCCUUUCAACCUCUACUGGAUUUGGUGGUGCAGCUCGCUCGGGAUCUACAGGCGGAUUUCUACCCCCAUUUCCCAGAGUUCUUUGUCAUCAUCACCGCCAUCUUGGAAACCCCGGAAACGGAAGUGCUGGAGUGGGUCUUCACCUGUCUGUCUUACCUGUACAAGUACCUGUGGAGGCUGAUGGUCAAAGACAUGAACAUGAUCUACAGUAUGUACAGCAAGCUGCUUGCUCACAAGAAAGAGCACAUCCGCAACUUUGCAGCCGAGAGCUUCUCUUUUCUUAUGAGAAAGGUUCCUGAUUUCGAGGCGUUGUUCACGGUCAUGUUCUCCGACCUUGGCGAGCAGUCCCAUAAGGCUGCAGGGGUGGGCCAGCUCAUCUUUGAGAUGUGCAAAGGGGUCCGCAGCAUGUUCCACUCCUGUGCCAGCGUGGCUCUCCCUGUAGCUCUGCGUAAACUGGGCUCCUCUGGAGAGAAAGGGGGCGUGACCCUGCCCUGGGAUGAUGUCAAAGAAGCCCUGGAUCACAUGACUGAGUCUGCAGCCAAUCAUGUGGAGAAAGAGCACUUCCUGGUCCUUUGGGAUGCUUUGGAGGGCUGUGUGAAGGAGGUGGUUCCCCGCCUGCAGGGCCCUGGAUCAGAUGAGGCCAGUCAGCACAUAGAGCGCCUGCUGCUCCUGUACCACACACUGGUGCAACACCGCAAGGGGGAAAAGGUCACCAAACCUGCCGCCGUGUGUGAGACACUCCUGCUGCUGGUCCAGACUAAGGGUCUGUCGUACUCCUGCUGCCAGAGGCUGCUGCAGGUGCUCGCCUCCCUACUGCUGGGGGAGAAUGUGUCUCUGUCACCGCCGCUCAUCCAGGACGCUGUCAAAAAGGUGUUCCGCAGUGGAAUGGACCGUGACCUGAUUUUGACCUUGUCCAAAGAACUCUUCAAGAUGAACCAGUUUGAGCAGCUGGUGUUGCCCAGUAUGCUGGUGUACCUGGAGGUUCUGUUCGGCGCCGGAGACCAAGUGGGUCGGCAGCAGGCCCAAGAACUGCUGGUGAGGCUGAUCCUGGAGAAGGCAAAACCCCCGACUGACGGCUCCAUGUCCUUUGAGAAAUACCCGCUGUUCUUCACAGGACAGGCACAGGGCAGUGAGCUGCCUGAGGGUGACCAGAAGGAUGGGAAGGUGUCUGUGCCACAGUAUAUCCUCUCCCUCAUAGAUCUGCCCCCGGACCUACCCCUCACCGACCUCUCCCUGCCCUGGGCUGCCCUUGUCCUCCUUCCCCAUAUGCGGCCUGUGGAGUCUGCGUCUGUGGUUCCAAUCCUGGCCGCUCUUCUGAAUCGCCUCCUAACUGACGUGCAAGCUGGGGAGCUAGGGAGAGCUGGUCUGUACGUGGCUCGCCAGGCUCUGAGCACUCUGCUGAGCUUCAGGGAGUCGGCUGAGGUCCUCUCUGUCGUCCCGGUGGAGUUAGUCAGGACUAUAAUACAAAAAUACCCCUCUGAUCUCUCCGCCUUGUUGCUCGGCGACCUCUACUACACCAGACUGUCAGUCAACGGCUGCUCCAACCACCUAUCCCACGAUGCAUUGCUGGAGCUGUACCACAUCCUGAAGUCUAACUUCUCCUCCAACUCCUCCAAGAUCCGUCUCUUGUCUUUGAGGAUCAUGAGUCACUUUGAAGCAGAGCUGACUAAGUCUGCUGAGGCUGAAGAGGCCACAGACAGGCAGACGGUCUUUGCCAUCUGCCUGCAGGCAGAGCAGGUUCCCGCCACUGUUCAGGACUACAGGGAGAAACUACUGCACCUCAGGAAACUACGCCAUGACCUGGUGCAGCCAUGCCUGCCCCAUGGAUCCUUUCACGAGGUGCCUUUGCGUUACCUGAUCGCUAUGCUCUUCAUAAACUUCAAGCCGCUGUGGGACGCCGUCAUUGACCUGCUAGUGUCUCAUGCUAAGGGUAUGGACAAUAAGGAGUUCUGGAGUGUGUUCUACCUGCAUCUGGAGAUGGUGGCCAAACUGGCCGAGCAGGAACUCCAGGACAGUGAUGAUCAGGAGGAUGAUGAUGAAGAUGAGGGAGAUGAAGGUGGUGGUGGUGAUGAUGAUGAAGAUGGUGAUGGUGAGGGAGGAUGUGAUGAAGGUAUGGAGGAGGAAGAGCAGGGGCCUGACCUAGGGCGUGAUGUGACGGGUAGCGGUGAUGUGGGCGUACUCUUCCUGAAGCAGCUGGACGAAGAGGAGGAGAUUGGUGACCGCACCGACUUCACCAACUUCCGGAACCUGCUGUGGAAAGCCAUGAGCCAGUUCCCGGACCGCGUGGAGCCCAGAAGCCGAGAGCUCACCCCCCUACUGCUGCGCUUCAUCAGGAAGGAGUUUUUCCCUUCUGACUUGCUGGUGGCCCCCACCCAGAACCUCCUGAAAGCCAGCAGCUCUUCAGCAGAAGGGGACACAGGUGAGGAGGAGGAGGAGGAGGAGGAGGAGGAAGAGGCGGCUUCCAAAGGCAGGAGGAAGACCCCAAGAAGAGCUGCUGCCAAGCAGCUGCUUGCCCAUCUGAAGGUGUUCUCGAAGUUCACCAACCCCCGUGCCCUCUACCUGGAGCCCAGCCUCAUUCAACUCUACACAAAGCUGCUCUGCCAUAAGGACCAGUACAUCCAGAAGAUGGCCUUGGAGUGUGUGCUCACCUAUAAGGACCCCGCCAUCCUGCCCUACAAAGUGAACCUGGAGAGACUGCUGGAUGAUAAACACUUUAAGGAUGAGAUUGUCCACUUCAACAUCUCUGAAGAGGGAGCAGUAGUCCAGGAUGACCACAGACCUCAGCUUAUACCACUGCUCAUGAGGAUCCUGUAUGGGCGCAUGUCCACUAAGGGGGGCAGUAAGUUCCAGGGCAAGACUAGCACUGCCUCCCGCUCCUCCAUCGUGCUGAGGUUCCUGGCUGGAUGCCAACCGCAAGAGCUAGGCAUCUUCAUAGACAUGCUUCUGGAGCCAGUGUCUCACCACAGUCAAGGUGACUGUGCGGAAGCGGUGAAGCGGGUGAUCCAACAGACGGACCUGGGUGCGGUUCUGCCCGUGGGGCGUCAGCACAGCCUGCUCAACGUCAUGGAGGUUCUGCUGGACAAACUGGGUCACCUGCUGGACACACACCUGCCCAAGCUGCUGCAGAUCCUCCUGUGUGUGUCUGCGGGCGUCUCACGUUUGCUCGAGCACAGAGAACAGUUAAAGCCAGGCUGCAUUGCUCCUCUGAAGAACCUAAGGCGUUUGGGGGCUCUGCGUGUUCAGGAUUUCUUCAACAGCUUCGACGCCUAUAACUUCACCGCCAAUGAGAUAGACGCAAUCUUCCUCGCUGUUGUCUGGCCUCAGGUGUGUCGUCUGCCCUCAGAGAGCCCCUAUGCCCCUACCCCUCUGCUCAAACUCAUCCAUAUCUGGAGCAAGAACGCCAGGUUUUUCCCUCUGUUAGGCAAGCAGAAGCCGGGACACCCUGAGUGUUGCGUCCUCCUCAACGUCUUUGCUCUGCUGUCCGUCAAAAACGCCUCCCCGAAAACCAUCGCCAUGGUGAUGGACAUCGCCGAGAGCUUGCUCACCACCGAGGACUUUGUCACCAUGGAUACGGAAAAUGAAGCAGAGAAGGAGGUGGAGCUGUGUGUGAAUGACUGUGUGGUGCCGGACCUGGGCGGGGCUACUGACAUCACAGCAGACUCUGUGAGUAUGGGUUCUAGACUGCUCUUCCCUCACGUUCCUGCUGUUCUUCAGUACCUGGGUAAGAUGGUGCAGAACUCCGAACGCCUCAAGAAGAAGAAGUUCCGCGCUCAGGUCUGCAAGGAACUCAACAUCCUCUCCAAGAUCAGCCGAUUUGUGACGGAUAGAGAACAGAGCUCCACCCUCAUCACUUUGCUGCUUCCUUACCUGACAAAACCCAAGACUGGCCAGGAUACUGAGCUGGACAUCCUGGAGACGGUACAGAACCUUCUGAAGCAGUGUUCCAACCCAGCAGAGUUCCUCAAGCCCCUGAGCCGCCUACUGUCUAUCCUGCACAGCAAAGUGUCACGCCAGGCACUGUGUGCUGUGUUUGAGACACUGGCUGAGUUGGAUGGAACGCUGAAGUACAUCACAGACAUGACUGUGCAGUUGAAUGCGUUUGACAGUCGUCACCUGGAUGAGAUCUACUUUGACGUGCGUCUGCUGGCGUUCCAGGAGGCCACUCGGCGUGUGAAAGAGAUGAGCUCGCUGGACAUGAGAUACCUGCACACACUCAUGCACACCUGCUUCCACUCGUUUGAGAUCGGGGACAUGUCCCUUGCGGACAGCGCCAUCCUGUGUCUGUCGGCGGUCAUUGAGCAGCUGGCCGCCGUGGGCUCUCCAGAGCAGGAGUACAGAGAGAUCGUCCAGCAAAACAUCCUGGACGCCAUGCGCAAAGGACUGAGGAGUAAGGCUGAGAGUGCCAGAAACGACUACACCACGGUUCUAGCGUGUCUGGUCCGGUCAUUCCCUGAGCGACCCGAGUUCCGGGACCUGGUCCAACUCACAGACUACAAUGACCCAGAGUCCGAUUUCUUCGAACACAUGAAACACAUACAGGUGUACAGGAGAGCACGAGCUCUGAGGAGGAUCGCUAAGCAGCUGAUGGAGGGCACAGUGGUGAUGUCAUCACGCUCCAUGCAGAACUACAUCAUGCCCUACGCCAUGACCGCACUGUUUGAUGAGAAGAUGAAGAGGAAUGACAACAUGAGCACCGCAGGUGUGGAGGUGGUGGGCGCGGUGUGUAAGCGUCUCACCUGGUCUAAAUACAUGUACUACCUCAAACAGUUUGUCCAUAUACUACAGACGGGCUUGGCCGAACAAAAACUGGCAGUCAAUCUGCUGUUGACGGUUCUAGAGGCGUUCCACUUUGAUCGUGAGACCCUGAGCAAAGAGAUUGAAGCCGCCAAGACCAGGAAGCAGGAAGUUGCCGCGGAGGAAGAGGUUGAUGAAGAGGAGGCCGAUGAAGCAGAAUCUGAGGACAGUGAUGGCGAGGAUGCCGUUGAAUCCCACUCCACAGAUGCAACCCAGACAGAGGGGGAUGCGGUUGCCAUGGAGACAGAGGACUCGGCCAAUAGACCAGACAGCCAGCAGAAGGAGGCGGGUUCUAAGAAGAGGGCGACGCCCACCGUCUGCACUGGCCUACCGCGGAGCGUGCAGGACCUGGAGGCUCUGAUUGGCACUGUCAAUCACACCGUCACCCAGAGCGUCCUGCCCCGCCUACACAAGUGCCUGACCGCUAAAGUCCAGAGAGAUGAUGAGCACAAGGCAGUGAAGUCUAAAGAGGUGAAGGAGGAAGAGGUGGCUCGGGUUCCUAUCGCUUUCGCCAUGGUCCGACUCAUGCAAACCCUUCCUCAGGACGUCAUGGAGACCAACCUGCCCGGGGUGCUGCUGAAGGUGUGUUACCACCUGAGGAGUCGUUUCCAGGAGAUCAGAGACGUGGCGAGAAACACACUCGUCAAGAUCAUCCAGGCCCUGGGAGCGCACUACCUGCAGUACUUACUGAAGGAGAUGAACAGUGUUCUGACCAAGGGCUAUCAGGUCCACGUGCUGACCUUCACUGUGUACCAACUGCUGUCUGCUCUGAGAUCCUCACUGAAGGGUGGAGACCUGGACCCCUGUCUGGACUUGCUUGUGGAGAUAUGUAAUAGCGAGCUGUUUGGGCCGGUGGCAGAAGAGAAGGACAUAAAGGGAAUUUCGUCUAAGCUAAUGGAGGCUCGCCACAGUAAAAGCUCAGACUCCUACGAGCUCCUGGCCCAGUUCACUAGCCAAAAGAAAGUUACUCAAGUCAUCGUGCCACUCAAAGAGAUUCUGGAGAAGACUAUGAGUUUGAAGGUGUCUCGGCGGGUGCACAUGGUGCUGAGGCGAGUGAUUGCCGGGUUACUGCAGAACGAGGUCAUGACCCCUCAGUCCAUCCUGAUGUUGAGUCACGGCCUGGUGAACGAGAGUUUACCACUCCUCACACUGAGGAACAAGCAGAAGCCCCUCCCACCCCCAGACCCCCGACUGCCCCCUCCUAGCUGCCUGCUGUUGCCCCAGACGCCCAAGAGAGGCUUCCAGAAGGCCGCCAUCAACACCAAGACCAACAUGCACAUCCUGGUGGAGACAGGGCUGAGUAUGCUGCACCUGAGCUUGAAGAGCUCAAAGGUGAACUCUUCUGUGUCUGAUGUCAAAGAGAUGCUGGACCCCUUCGUCUCACUGCUGCUGGACUGCCUCAGCUCCAGACACGUCAAGGUGAUCACAGAGGCGCUGCAGGCGUUCAUCUGGGUGCUGAAGUUCCCCCUGCCAGCCGUGGAGGAGGGGGCGCUCCAGCUCACCCGGCAGCUCUUCCUGCUGCUCAAGGACUACGCCAGGGCCGGCGCCGCCGGGGGCGAGAACUUCCAACUGGUGCAGAACUGCUUCAAGGCCAUAACAAUACUGGUUAAAAGUGUCACCAAACAUCAGAUCACAGACACACAACUGCAAGUGCUUCUGGGAUAUGCGGAGGAGGACAUCUACGAUCACACCCGCCAGGCCACAGCAUUUGGUCUACUAAAGGCCAUCUUGUCCAGGAAGCUGGUUGUUCCAGAGAUGGAGGAGGUAAUGAAGAAGGUUGCUAAGCUGGCUGUCACUGGAGCCAGUGACCAGGUCCGAGUACCCUGCAGACAGAUUUACCUGAAGUACCUCAUGGACUAUCCCCUGGGGAAAAAGCUCAAAAAGCACUUAGACUUCAUCGUAGCCCAGCUCAGCUAUGAGUACGACACAGGGCGGCAGUCAGCCCUGGAGAUGAUGGCUUACAUAUUCCAGAAUUUUCCUCAGAAUCUGCUGUUGGAACACUGUGGUCUGUUCUUCGUGCCGUUGUCUCUGGCCGUGGUGAACGACGACUCGGCGCGUUGUAAGAAGAUGAUCGCCCUCGCCAUCAAGUCCCUCCUGAGCCAGGUGGACGCCACGCACCAGAACAACAUGUUCGCCCUGGUCACCACCUGGAUCACCGGAGACAAGGUAUCGCUGAGGCGUUUGGGCGUGCAGGUGUGUGGUCUGUUCGUCGAGGUUGAAGGAGAGCGCUUCACCAAGAGACUGGAAGCCCUUCUGCCACUUAUUGAGAAAGAGAUCCACAAAGACAACUUUGAAGACAUUGAAGAGGAGCAGGAUGAAAAGGCUGCUGAUAGGCUGCUGUUCGGCUAUCUCACCCUCAUCACUAAACUCAUCAAAGACUGCGGAUUCCUACAGCUCACCAAGCCCAAGGAUACACUCACCAGCAUCUGGGGUCACCUGCAUGCCCACCUGAGGCACCCGCACUCCUGGGUGUGGCUGACGACGGCGCAGGUGUUUGGCCAGCUGUUUGCGGCCCAUAAGCCCGAGGAGCUGCUGGAGCAGUGGAGCCUCUCUCAGGAGGACAGCACUAGCAGCCCAGCCAUGCCUGUGGCCACCACGUUCCUCUACAGCAGCCUGGACAAGAAGAUGAGGGAGCUGGUCCUGUCCUUCAGCCACCAGCUGCAGUCGAAGUUCCUGGACCCAACAACAGGCGACCAGGUGGUGAAGAACCUGCUCUUUGUUGCCAAGGUGAUUUACCUGAUUUCACCGGAGUCUGACGUCAUGGAAACCAACAAGACUGCUGAGAAUGGAGUGACACAAACAGAAGAAGGGACAGAAGAGGAAGCCAUGAAAGCAGAAGACGAAGCCAUGAAAGCAGAAGAGGAAGAGGAGGAUGAAGAAGAAGGAAAACAGGCUGAGGAGGAAGAGGAGGAAAAUCAGGACGAUGCAGAUGACGAUCAAGACGAUAAUCGUCUUCCCUCGUUACUCUGGGUGAUGAAGAAGCUGUGUUUGUUGGCCAAGAGAGAGGCAGCAUACACACCUAAAGUUCCUCUGAAGAGGACGUGUGUGUUUAAGUUCCUGGGUGCCAUGGCAGUGGACCUCGGGAAAGAUCGCCUUGCCCCGUACCUGACCACCAUCAUCGCCCCACUGCACAGAGAACUGGACAGCACCUAUGCAGACCAGGACCCGACCCUAAAGAACUUGGCUCAGGAGCUGAUUGAGCUGCUAAAGAAGCUGGUCGGACUGGAGCAGUUCUCUCUGGCCUUCGCCGCAGUGCAGAAGGACGCCAGCAAGAGGAGAGCAUUGCGCAAGAGACACAAAGCCAUGCAGGCUGUUUCCAACCCGGACAUCGCUGCCAGGAAGAAGAUCAAGAAGCACCAGAAGAUGGAGGUCAAGAAGAGGAAGAUGGAGUUUCCUAGAAAGGGCCCGAAGGCAAAGAAGCUUAAACCGAAGGGCAAGUCUGCGAGGGACCUGGCCAUAUUACAGUGACCCUGCAAUAGAACCACCAUCUGUCUGUAGCGCCAGAUUACACACCCUGACCCUGACACUGCAGGGCAGUAAGGAGCUAUCUGCAGCAUGGUGGGUGGAGCCUCUUCAGACACACUACUACCUGUGGCCAGCGAUCAUAAACAGACUGGAAUGAGUUCUUUCCCCGGCUGCCAUCGUCAGCUUUUUAAAUGGCCAGAGAGCGUCUGGUGAAAAUCUGCUGUUAGUUUGGUGGCGAUGUGAUGGCAGAUGUUCUUAUUUGGGAUGGUGUUUGUAUGUAUGUAUGUGUGUGUUUGUGUGUUUUUGAAAAGACAAGACAGACAGCUAAUCCAUGGUUAAGAUUGCCAAUGUCAGUUUGUAAACAGCAGGAGCUUUUCAUUAAUCCGUCUUUUUGUCCCUUCCCCUAAGAAUCGCCAGCUGUCUUUGUGUGUGGGGGGGCCCUUGUCCUACCUGAGUUGGAAAACAAUGAGCAACCUGAAAUGGGUUCCAUGGUGAAAAGUGGCAUUAAUGCUUCUGUUUUCUUUUGGGGAUGGGCUGCCUUGACUUGGUCGCCUAGGUGAUGACAUCUGCCAUACUGUUAUGAUGUGUAUGUGUGGGAGAAUGACUUGUUGGAGUGAAUGCUCAGUUGAAUGCAAAGCUUGAGUUUUUAAUAUACAGAACUGAUGUCUUGUGUCUAAAAUUGUCCUACAGAGAUACUGUUCCAGGACCUUCAGUGAUUAAACAAUCUUAUCCUUGACUGAGGGACAGAUGCAAACACA